GCCCUUCCACCACCUCAGCCUCCUCCACCACUCUUCUCCGGCUCGGCAGCGCGCGACUCGAGGCUUUCAGGCGCGGCUCAACCUCAUCGCCUCACCGCACUCUGCGGCAGCCGUGCACAUCAUACCCUCCUGGGCCGCGCUGCUCAGCCUCGCGAUCGCGCUGGCGCUGCUGCCCUGUUGCGCACUCCUCCCGAGCGGCACGUCCCCUAGCACCUGCUGUGCCUGACGGACUACCAGCCGCCGCCGCGGCACCUCGCGCCCUCUCCUUCUGCCGGCCCUGCUUGCUUAGCAGGCACACUCGAGUUGCUUGAGUCAGGGCGCGCAGCUCUCUGCUGCAGGUGCUCUCGGGUGCCGGCGGUGCUCGGCUCGGCUGUGGCCCUUCGCCGUGCUGGCGAGUGGAGGGGUGAGCGAAGCGCUCUCGUGACACCCGUAAGCACCCGUCUGAGGACCAGCUGGCCGCCAUGUCCCGCAAGAAGUCGGUGCGGGUGCCGGACCUGCGCUCGCGCAUCACGCACGAGAAUGCCUCGCUCGGCGGCGGCGUCGACGGCUCCAUAGCCGUCUCGUCGUUCUCUCGCGGCACUGCCGGCCUUCCUAUGCCGCAACAACAGGCACAGCAGUAUCAGUCCGGCUUCCACGGCGGGCACGCACACACAGCAAGCAACGCCUCCGUCUCGUCCUUUGCCGCCAUGCGCGGCGCGCCGCAACAGGGGCAACAGCAGCAGCAGCGCCAGCCGCCGCCCGCCGAGCAGUACGGCAUGCCGCGCUCGGGCAGCAACGACAUGCUUGCUCCGCACUCGCAACAGCAGCAGCAACAGCAGCAUCAUCUCGGUGCCGGACCCUCCUUCGUCUCACUCUCGCCCUCUGACUCCAUCUCCAACUACGAGGGCCGUGCUGGCGCCGGCGGCAGCAACGCGUACGGCGCGCCUUCGCAUCUCGGCACCGGCUUCGAGCCAUCAGCGGCGAGCGUGGCCUCCUUUGCCCAGGCGCAGGACGGCGGGCCCAUACGGCCUGCACGCAGCAUGCGGCGGCCUCAAGGUGCGCCGCCGCUCCCGGCGGCGCGCUCCCGCGCUGCCACAUCGCCUAGCCGCCAUGAGGCACCUGCUGCGCCGCCAGCUGCUGGUCGCAACCUGUUGGGCGGGCGCGGCGCGCGUCCAGCUGCGACGGACCGGCAUGCCACGAGUGCACGCCUGAUGGCCAACAUGAACGGCGUCGACGGCGCUAGCUCAGGCGGCGAGGAGGACACGUUCGAGGAUGCAGAGGCGUACGAAGACCCAAGGCGAGCGCGACCACGCGAGCCGGCGGCCCCCAGCUUCACCUCGCCGACCGUCGGCACGCUCUCGAAGCCCGCUGAGCCGGCUGCGCUCGGUAGCGUGCUGAGUGCGCUCAGUGCUGCAGGACGCAAGCAGGGCGCGCAGCGGAUACUGAGAGGCACAACGGCCGAGGAGGAGAGCAAGCGGCGCAAGACUGAGCGCAAGGUGGAGGAUGCGCGUGCCAAGGAGAGCAGGCCGCUCGAGUCAUACGUCGAUCGAAGGGACGAGAGAGCGUUCAGAGGCAUCAACGCGGUGCUGCGCAAGGUCAAGGCAGAGUGGGGCUUCGUGGCAGACGACGACUUCAACGCCGUCUCCCUCGCCCUCUCACUCCUUGACGAGAGCUCGCUCGGCUCGAAUCGCCGCGAGUUCGAGGAGAUGAAGCAUCACAUCGAGUCAUCGCUGCAGGGCACUGUUGAUGACCACUACGAGUCCUUCGCAUCGGCCAUCACGCUGCACAAUGGCGUCCUGCAAUCGCUCGGCGCCGCGCAGAGCAGCGUGUCGGGCGCACGUCGCCGCCUGCGCGAGUCUCGCGAGGCGCUCGGACAGAAGCGGGCCGACCUGGUGCAGCUCUGGCAGCGCAGUCAGGGCGUCAAGGAGUCGCUGCGGCUGCUCGACAUCAUCGAGCAGCUCAAGGGCGUGCCCGACCGUCUUGAGAGCCUCAUGUCGGAGAAGCGCUUCCUGCAGGCGGUGCAUCUGCUUACUCGCAGCCUGAAGAUGAUCGAGAAGCCCGAGAUCAGCGAAGUGGGCGCGACGGCCGACCUGCGCACGUACCUCAAGACGCAGGAGCAGGGCAUGCUCGAGAUUCUCAUCGAGGAGCUGCACAACCAUCUCUACCUCAAGAGCUUCUUCUGCGACGCGAGAUGGAAGAGCUACGUGCCAGGUCAGGAGGCACUGCCAAGCGUCGAGUUCGGGCAGGAGUACGAUGCGCCAGCAACGCUCGCAGAGGGAGACGAAGCUGCUGAGACGACGCCCCGCGCUUUCGCUCGCGCUGAGGACGAGUCACGAGCGCCAGGCGCUGCAUCUGCUGCUGCGGCCAACGACCGACCGCUGAAGCUGUCGCGCUAUCUGACGGCACUGAGCGCGCGGCCGGCGUAUGACGAGAACCUCGCCAACGACUUCGGCAACCUGGGCCUGGGUCCUUCGCUCUCUGGCACCGGUGGCGUGUCCUCUGACGCAUUGGCGCAACGAGCGGGUACCAUGCCUGGCUCGCACAGCACCGACUCUCUCGCCGGGCAUGCUGCGCCAGGAGGUACGACCCACGACGGCGGCGUGGACUUUGGGCACAAUCCGGAGGCCGACAGCUUCCUGUACAUUGAGAUGCUCCUCGAGGCACUGGCGCGCCUCGGCAAGCUCAGCCUUGCUCUCGAUGUGGUGCAGCAGCGCUUGCCUGUCGAGCUGCACCAGCUUGUCGAUGCGACGAUCGAGGAGGUCGAUGCAAGGAACGGGCCCUUGCGCGGCACGUCUACAGGCGCAGCGGUGCAGCCCGAGUCGGUCUUGCUCGCCUCGUCCUCAGCGCUGGCGCGCAGCUUUGCGGAGAGCACGCGCUCGUCGUUCCGGUCGAGCGUCGGCGGUGCAUUCAGCGGCACGAUGUCAUCAAACGGGCGGCCGCACAGCACAGUGCUCCGUCUGUCCGAGAUCGAGAGCUCGUCAGUCGUGCGCGAUAGCGAGACGAUGCGCGACCUCUUCUGGACGCUGUUCUCCAAGCUCGACGCUGUCCUGCAGGGACAUCGUGUAGUGCACGAAGUCGCGAGUAAGAUCGCCAGCCGCGCCGACAGCAAGGAUGCCAAGACGCUGCGUAAGACGUCGCCCUCGAGCCUUGUCGCAGUUUGGCGGCCGAUCCAGAACGAGGUACGCACGUUGCUGCACGACCAUCUGACAGAUGACAGUCAGAGCGCGUCGGCCCGACGGAACGCUGUCGUCUCGGUCAACGAGGUGCUGCGCUCGGGCCAGUCCGGACGCGAUCGCUCCAAGAAGCUCUUCCGCCUCGCCGAGCCUAAUGCCGGGCGCGGCACCGGUGGUGUCGCCGUCGCCCGGCGCGAUGCAGCACCGCUGCGUCGGCACGAAGAGGCGCUCACCGCUGCUCUGCGCGCCUCAGUGCCAGGGCUGGUUAGCGCGCUCGAUCCAGCUGGCAGCAGCAUCUCGGCGCAGCAGCAGUACCAGCAGCAGCAGGUCAUCGUCUCUGCCUCGCGCACCGCCGAGCACGCUGCCGGAGGCGGCUACCGCCUGCUCGUCAAGCCGGAUGCCUUCAACGUCAGCGUCCUCUUUCAGCCGGCGCUGGCCUUCGUCGAAAGGGCGCAGUUUGUCAUUCCUGGCGGCGCUGCUGGAGGCGAGGCGGGCAAGGGCUUCAGCGCCUUCCUUGAUGAGUUUGUGCAGGACGUGUUCCUGCCGCAGCUGGACGAGAAGGUGCAGUCGCUCUUCCAGAGUGCCGUUGGAGGCCCCGAUGCGUUCCAGGAGGAUCCUGCCUCGCGCUCUCUCUCGCAGCGCCCGAUCGUCAAGUCCGCCGCAAACGUGAUCGUGCUCAUCGACAGUCUAUACUCGAUGCUGCGCACCACGCCCUUCCAUCGCGAAAGCUACUCGCACUUGAUCAUCCAGACGAUCGUGCAGUACUACCAGCGCUGUCAGGAGCGCUUCCAGGAUCUGAUCGCCGCCGACGUGCCUCUGGACGCGCAUGGCGAUCCGGCGCCGCACGACGGGCCACCCCACAUGCUGUCCGCAACGUGGGCGCAGCGGCCCGAGUUGAGCGCCGUGCUCUCGCAGCUCCUGACUGCCACAACGCCGUCGGAAGCCAAGCGCACGCUGCACGCGCAGGAGAACCGCUUCGAGCUGGCAUACGCAGCGCGCAACCGAGUCGCUCAGCAGGGCCAGACGGGCGGCUCGGUGCGGGCGGCAGACAUGAUCACUUCGCGCAAGCGCCUCAUGGCGCUUGGCAAUCUGCAGCACAGCAUGCGCUGGUUCUUGGUGCACGUCUCGCGGCUGCGCGCUACCGAGAAGGCGAUUGGCGUCGCGCCUGCCCCGACUGUGCGCCUCUCCAUCAUCGGCUCGCUGGCCCCACAGAGGAGCAGCAAGGAAGAGGCGGAGGACCGCAGUCUGCCGCUGCCCCUCGGCGCCGACAUGGCCAUGCGCUUCGCCGCACUGCCACGCACCUUUGGCCACCUGGCCAACACGAUCCUGAUGACGCUGCGGCUCGAGCUGCGGGCGCGCACGAUCCAUCACCUCGACUUAGCCAUCACCGAGGGCAACUACCUCGUCGAGGAGGCGGUGCUCGAGCCUGACCCGCACGUCGUGGACCUCAAUGCCGAGCUGGCGUCGCUCGACGACACGUUUGCGGACAGCGUCUCGCCCGAGCAGCACCGGUUCCUCUUCUCCGGCCUCGUCUCGCUGAUGGACACGAUGCUGUGCGCCGCUGUGCGCCGCGUGCGCGCGAUCAACGCGCAGGGCGUGACGAAGAUGAUCCGCAACAUCUUGGCGCUGCAGCAGAACCUGCGCAACAUUGUCAUCGCCGACACGAGCGCACUCACGUCGCUCGAGCAGAGCCGCACGAAGCUCGAGGCGAACCGCGAGGCGAUUGGCGCAGACACGGAGCGCUGGAACAACUUCGACCGCAGCCGCCGUCUGUGGGAGCUGCUCACGAAGGAGCCCGGCGCGAUGCUCUCGACGAUCCGCACCACGCCAGCGGCCAAGAAGGCCACGUUCGACGAGUACCGCUCGGCACUGACGCUGAUGCUCGGCCUCGACAACAGCGGCGGCAGCAGCAGUGGCGGCGCGCCCACGACGCCCACCUCGGCUGCGCCGGCGCUCACUGCCGCCACCAGCGGCGGCUUCCCCGGCGCGUCGCUGCGUCCGGGCACGACGCACCUGGCCAAGGACGUGUCGCGCCAGAAGUUCAACGAGCUACUCAUCGAGCUGCACGAGGUGGCCGGAGACUCGAACGGCGACAUCUCGGACUAGAGCGUAGAGCAAUCCCUCCUCGUGCCACACUUGCGACGGCGCCAGCACUGGCCUCGCAAUACCACACCUUUCUGCCCCUGGUCAUG